CGACGACAAUCCGCCGGCGACUUUCUAAGCUCCACGACCACCUUGUCCUGCACCGGGAAACCUCUCCCCACAAUUCAAUUCACCCUGUUGAGCUGGUGCUGCACCGCCCACAAAGCUACAAUGAACUCGAUCCGUGCCGCAACCAGCGGCUCCCGCGCCAUCGCUUCCACCCUCUCCGCCACCCCACGCAUGACGACCCGUGCCUUCUCGCGGUCACAAGCAAAGCAGUCAGGCCACGGACCCAGCUACGACCCGCCAUCCGGAUGGCUGUUCGGUGUCAAGCCCGGCGAGACGUAUGAGAAGGAGGGGUGGGAGAAUGCCAUGUACUGGGGCUUCGGAGGCGCAUGUGCAUUUGGCGUGGUUGCUUACGCUUUCAAGCCCGACACUAGCAUCCAGACCUGGGCCCUAGAGGAGGCGCGACGAAGACUGGAAGCCGAGGGUAUCCUCACAGACCCGGAUACCGUCAAGAAGGAGUAGAAGAGCGCCGACUGCCAGUUCGCGACGGGAAGCGACUUAGCGACCUAAAACUACGCGUGGAGCAAAGCGACAGAUAAGGCGGAAUUUUCUACAGCAGCACGAAUCAAACUGUACAUAACGCCCGCGAGGAUGACGAUGAGCUUUUUUCUUUUUGUGAGCAUGGAUCUGGCUGGCCCACGGGGCUCUAUAGACUUUGCAAAGGUUGACUGUUUAUCGCCCAAUGGGGCGAGCAAUGAUAUUCUGUUUCCAAUAGCCGCGCAGCCAUGGGGCUAUGUGAGGUGAUGUUGUCGGAAGAGAGCAUGCGGAUCAAUCGGUUACCCUAACGUACACCUGGGCUGAGUUUUACGAGUACGAGACCCGUUCUGAAGCCGGAAACCUAACAUUCAGUCUGCUCUGGUCUUAAUUACAUGGUUCCUGA